GCUUUAGUAAAUAAACCCCUAUGUGAGAAAAAAAAAUAAAAAAAUAUUCUGAACCAAUGGACUGCAGACACAGUACAGGAGGUGACCAGACACUGCGGACACAGUACAGGAGAUGACCAGAGACUGCAGACAGUACAAGAGAUGACCAGAGACUGCGGGCACAGUACAGGAGAAGGACCAGAGACUGCGGACACAGUACAGGAGAUGACCAGAGACUGCGGACACAGUACAGGAGAUGACCAGAGACUGCGGACACAGUACAGGGAUGACCAGAGACUGCGGACACAGUACAGGAGAUGACCAGAGACUGCGG